GGCAACAGCAUUGUCUUUGUGGGAGUUGUCGGGAUCAGUGCACGUUGGAUUUAUAAACGCCAAGGGAUCUAAGGACAAGGGUGCCAGCAACAUGAAGUCUCCUAUACAAAGCAUGGCGGACAAAGUGGUGUUCUGGAGGGGCGGGGGUAAUAUCAACGCUGGUUUCGAGGAAGAAGGAGAUGGGAAGGAGAAGGAGGCGCGAGUGGAGAUGACAGUGGAGGAAAACCCGGACAAUGGAGGGAGACAGCAGUGGUCAAGCCCAGUGGAAUUCCUCCUCUCCUGCAUUGCCAUGUCUGUCGGCCUUGGAAAUGUGUGGAGGUUCCCGUUCGUCGCACUGGACAACGGUGGCGGCGCUUUCCUCAUUCCCUACAUCCUCGUCUUGAUGUUCAUUGGCAAGCCGUUGUAUUAUAUGGAACUUUGUCUCGGCCAGUUCUCCUCCUCUGGCUCAGUCAAAGUGUGGGAUAUCUCGCCUGCUUUCAGAGGCGUGGGUUACGGCCAAGCCUUCGCGACGUGGGCAGUAGUGACCUAUUAUGUUUCCCUUAUGGGUCUUACGGUCUUCUACUUCUUCGCCUCCUUCAGUAGCGUGUUGCCGUGGUCUGAAUGCGGCCACUGGGCCUCAGAAGUGUGCAUUGACAAGACCAAGAAUGUCACCGAACUGGCAGAGGCAAUGGGGAAGAAUGUGUCAGAAUUUACAUCAGCCGCUGAAGAUUAUUUCUCACGAGAAGUGCUGCAAAUCGACAACACAGGCCUGCACAGUCUUGAACCCCCGGAGUGGCGCCUCUCCCUCUGCCUUCUCUUCUCUUGGAUCAUCCUCUUCGUCGUGUUGGCUAAGGGUGUUCAAAGUUCCGGCAAGGCUGCGUACUUCACCGCCCUGUUCCCUUACGUGGUGCUCUUCAUCAUGCUUAUCCGUGGCUGCACGCUGUCCGGCGCUGGCAAGGGUGUUCUUUACUUCAUACAGCCUCGCUGGGGAGAACUGCUCAAACCCAAGGUAUGGUACGCAGCCGUGGACCAGUCCUUCUUCAGUUUGUCUGUGGGUUUUGGCUCCAUCAUCAUGUUCUCCUCAUACAACAGUUUCCGCCACAACGUGUAUCGCGACGCCGCCAUUAUCUCGGUCACUGACACCCUCACCUCCCUAUUGGCCGGCUUCACCACCUUCGCCAUCCUGGGACACUUGGCAGAACAGCUGGACGUGGAUGUUUCUGAUGUAGUGAAGGGCGGCGGCACCUCCCUCGCUUUCGUCAGCUAUCCAGAUGUGCUAGCUCGCUUUGACUGGGUGCCACAACUGUUCGCCGUUCUGUUCUUCCUCAUGCUGUUCACUCUGGGGGUGGGCAGUGCCUCUGCUCUCACCGGCUGCAUCAUCACCAUCAUCUGUGACGCCUUCCCGCACUUCAAGAGGUGGAUUGUCACGCUGGUGGUCUGCGCUGCCGGAUUCCUCCUCGGCCUGUUCUAUGUCACGCCGCAGGGACAGUACAUUCUGGAACUCAUCAAUUACUACGGCGGUGGUUUCAUCAUCUUCAUCCUGGUGGUGUUUGAGGUGGCGGCCGUGCACUGGGUCUACGGAAUCAACAACUUCUGCAGAGACAUCGAGUUUAUGCUGGGCAGGAAGACUGGAUACUACUGGAAAUUCUGCUGGACUCUGCUCAUCCCUAUCCUUCUGUCCGUCAUCUUUAUCUACAGCCAGAUCCUUGCCGAGCCCCUCAAAGUUGGCAAGCACACCCUCAGCCCGGGAGUCAUUGGUUUCGGCAUCUUCCUGGCAGUGAUCGCGUGUAUGUUACUCCCUAUUUUCUUCGCGGUGGAGGUGGUGAGGCAGCGCAGCACCUCAGACUCUCUCCUAGAGGCGAUCAAGAACAGCUUCAAGCCAACCUCAGAGUGGUGUCCUAAAGACGCCACGCUGCGCAAGGAGUAUCACCAGUUUAUCCAGAAGCAAAGGGAAGAGGCACAGGGCAUUGACAACCCUCUCCCUCCUGCAGCCUCCACCGCUGACCUCUCCGGCCUGCCCACCAUUGCUUCUAAGGCUAACAUCACUGACUUCUUUUAAGAUUAUAAACGUAGAAAUUAAUAUAACACUGAAUUGCGAAAAGGAGGUGUGGUCUUAAGCCAAUAUCAGUGUUGUGUGUUGUGCAUCAAGAAAGCGGCUCCUAUUACACGGCUUAUCAAGGGGUGGUGGAGUUACUACGUAUUGGUGCAAGAGAGAGAGAGAGAGAGAGAGAGAGAGAGAGAGAGAGAGAGAGAGAGAGAGAGAGAGAGUUUACUUAUCAGUCCCUUAAGUUAGUGGAGGUUAACAAAGGGUCAUAAAGAGGCCGAGGAAAGUCAUAUAGGCUGAAGCGGCGUGCUUACGAGUUAUAAAUGGUAUGCUGCGUCAAUAAAAAGACACGUUCAUACACACACACACGAGAUAACAGGUGACCCAUAACCUAACCUAACCUAACUUUAUGAUACUUGUGGACUAAUUAACUUACCACGCACCCAUCUAACCUUCACGACCCGCGUCACCCCUCCACCGCACAUUUCCCGUCCUACACAUCCCCUCCCCCCACACCUCCCUAACCACUCUCGCUCCCUCUUAUUUCGCAAUGACAAAAGUUCAACAUUCCAUUUCUUCUUUUUUUUUUUUUUUACUAACCACGUGUAAUGAAUAAUUUGUUCACGUGAUCUCAUUAUGAAACCAUCUUCUCUUUGUCGCAAGUUCCUGUCUCGUUGUCUUUUUUUUUUUUUUUUUAUACCAUGUGGGCUUUUCACGGGAAUUUUUGGGCUAAAAGAGAUACUGUUUAGGGUACCUCCUAUCUCAAAGCCCACCCGCUAGGAAACCGUUGCCCCGUGUGAGGAAGCCCAACCUACACUUGGACCGUGGACAGGAUUCGGACCCGUGCGCUUGGAGACCCCUCUGAUCCCAAAGCGCGCAUGGUUCCACUGUACCACGGCGAUUGUAAGAUAGUGUGUAAAUACGUGCGUCUGUUUGUGUGUAGGUCUAUGUCAGGAAACUGUCUUCUUCGUGAUUGUGUACGUAUGCGUGUACGUCACUGUAUGUUUGCUAAUUACGCAGGUGCUGUAUUUGUUUAGUUUUGUGCAAGCACUGUUAUCGAACACACACACACACACACACACACACAGCGAGUGAAAAUCAGUAACGAGGUGCUUGAAAAAAUAUGAAUUAAUAUGUCAAAGCAAGAUGUGUAAGUUAUUCAUAAUUCAUUGUUAUAUUUUGUUUGUUACUACCACUACCGCUACCACUACUACUUCUACUACAACUCUUACUACUACUACUACUACUACUACAACAACAACGACUACCAUUACUACCACUACUACUGCUACUGUUACAACUACUAUUACUACAGCACUUCCUCUCCUAAUUAUUCUACUGCUGCUAUUACUACUACUACCAUCACCAUCACUACCAUUAUCACCACCACUACCACUACUACUACUACUACUACUACUACUACUACUACAACAACCACUACUAUCAGCCAUAAACCACUCACUCGCCAGGUUGUGACAAUAAUUAAUCAUUCAUCUGAGUUACGUACAAGUACAAGAGUUAAGUGUGAACGAGUGUACAUACGUUGUGUUAGUUAUGAUUGUUAUAAUGACGAGUAUACCUAUUAUAUUAUGAUUCAUUAUUAAAGUGUUGAUUUGUA